UAUACUGAAAUAAGCUUUCAAUCCAGUCUAUCGUGGCGGGAUGGGACUUCCUUCCAUCUUGGUUCAGAUUCUUUAACAAGAAGCCGGCUAAACGAGUGAGUUUAUAUAGAAAAGAAAAAUUUAACAAUAAAUAGCUUAGUUCACAAAGUUGCGAUGCAUUAGCUGGAAAUACGAGAAUAUAAAAUUUAUCCCGGAAUGAAUUAGGUAUGAUGCAUUUAAGUGUAGGCUUUAUCCAUUCUUACUAGUCUAGUAUGAGGGAAUGGCGAGUACCACCUAUAGGAAUCUCAUUAUGAAAAUAUACAAUUUAAUUGAAAACUUUGAAGAUUAUGAUAUGUAGUUAUGCUGAUAAAUUUUUCUAGAAUAGCGAAAUUGUUCUUUGAACAAGUUUGUAACGAAGGAAGCAGAGCUUAUGCGCGACAGUUUGUAAAUAAUAAAGUGCUUUAUAAGACGAUGGCCGUGUCUAGUCGAGCUGUAGUUUACUCUGAUGUUAAUUCCCAUAAACCAAGAGAAUAUUGGGACUACGAAAGUUAUGUUGUCGAUUGGGGCCAGCAAGAUGAUUAUCAAUUGGUAAGAAAGCUAGGUAGAGGAAAAUAUAGUGAAGUAUUUGAAGCUAUCAAUGUAACAAAUAAUGAAAAAUGUGUAGUAAAAAUAUUAAAGCCUGUAAAAAAGAAGAAAAUUAAAAGAGAAAUAAAAAUUUUAGAAAAUUUGAGGGGAGGUACAAACAUUAUAACCUUAGAAGCUGUUGUUAAAGAUCCUGUAUCUAGGACUCCUGCUUUAAUAUUUGAACAUGUGAAUAAUACUGAUUUUAAGCAGCUUUAUCAAACUCUUACUGAUUUUGACAUUCGUUAUUACUUGUAUGAAUUACUUAAAGCUUUGGAUUACUGUCACAGUAUGGGUAUUAUGCAUAGGGAUGUGAAACCACAUAAUGUGAUGAUAGAUCAUGAAAAUAGAAAAUUGCGACUAAUAGAUUGGGGCUUAGCAGAAUUUUAUCACCCUGGACAAGAAUAUAAUGUUAGGGUAGCUUCGAGGUAUUUUAAGGGUCCUGAACUUUUAGUAGACUAUCAGAUGUAUGACUAUUCCCUAGAUAUGUGGUCUUUGGGUUGUAUGUUAGCAUCAAUGAUUUUCAGAAAGGAACCAUUUUUCCAUGGUCAUGAUAAUUAUGACCAAUUAGUUCGUAUAGUAAAAGUUCUAGGAACAGAAGAGCUCUUUGAAUAUCUGGAUAAAUAUCAUAUAGACUUAGACCCUAGAUUCAAUGACAUUUUAGGAAGACAUUCGCGAAAGAGAUGGGAGCGUUUUGUUCAUAGUGAAAAUCAGCAUUUAGUAUCACCAGAAGCGCUAGAUUUUUUGGAUAAACUUUUACGUUAUGAUCAUUUAGAACGCCUUACUGCCCGAGAUGCAAUGGAUCACUCAUAUUUCUAUCCUGUGGUGAAAGAGCAGUGCAGAAUGCUGUCAACAGUGUCGUCAUCACCAACUCCACUAACAGGUGUUGGCGAAUAGUAUGCAAAUAAUAAGUGAAAAAUCCCUAUCAUUUCAUGUGCUGUCAUAUUUGCCAUACACCAUUCAGUAACUUUUUCCAAACUUGAUAUGAUUUUCUCUAUUUGGUCGUGAUGUUACACAGGUAUUUCCAUUUUGUAUAAAACUGAGUAAAAAAAACUUUGUUUUCUAUAUAUAUUUUUUGAGAAUAAUUUCAAAUGACUGGCGUUUUGUGCGUUGUUUUGAAUUUUCUCAAAUUUCUGGUUCCAGAAAAAAUAAACUAAGGUUAGAAAAUAGUUGUUACCAUUUUACUAACGAAAGUUAUUUGAAAUUGUCAUUUCCUCUGGGUAUUAAUUGUUUAAAGGAUUGUAUAAAUAUUGUUUACUUGAACUUUUUAAGUACACAGAUGUAAGAAUUAUUAGCAGCUAAAAUUCCAAUUAAUAUGUACCUUUAAUGCAUUUAUACUGACACAGGAAAAACGUUAAUCAAACGUCCAUUGAACCAUUUAUUCAUUCAAUUAUUUUUUGUAUAUAGUUUUAUUUUCAAAGGCAAACUUGUUUAAUUUGGAAACUGAAAAUAAUGUUUCUUGAGAAUCUAUGCAUAUAUACAAAAUUAAUUUAAAAUAUUUUUAGUUUCCAUCUGAAUUAGUAUUAUGUUAUUGAAAAAGUCACAUAUACAAUUUCAAAUAAUUGUGAUAACCUCAGAACUUCAAUUCAUUUACUAAGCCCAAGCCAAGUAAAAUUUGAUAAAAAGUUCAUAACUUAGCAUCCACUCUUUCUAAAUUUUUUAUUUGGAAAUUUUUAUUUAGAUUAGGGGUCUUCAAACUACAAACCGCGGGCCAGAUCUGGUCCGCCAGUGCCAUCAAUACGACUCGCGACAGCUUAAGACUAAUGUCAUCAAUCUGGCCCGUGACAGCCAAUGUUUCACUGCUGUUAUAAGUUUAAUAGAAAAGAAUGAAAUAACAGACUGAUAAUUACUCGGUUUUAUUUACUUGCAAGGUAAAACUUUGAUGACACAGAAAACUCAACUAAAGUAUCUAAGCUUAAGUAUAUUUAUAACUUACAAAUGUGAAAUUAAUCUCAACUAAUAAAUCAAAAACAAAAAAACACUAAUGAUAUUCAUCGAACUGUAAUUUUUCACCAUAAAUUGUUUGUAGCUGUGAAUUAAUUUUACUUGUACCAAUUAUUUGAAGAGAUUUAAGAUGCUUAUCGGUCAAUUUAGAUCUCUCAACAUUCUUUGUGCACUUCAUAUUGUAAAACAUUUUCUCACAAGUACGCAGUACCAAAAACAGAAAACAACCCACGAGCAAAUAUAUGCAAAUUCUUAAAUUGUACCAGGGAAAGACUUAUAAAAUUCCAACGAUAAAUUCUGAUAUUUGUUCUUAAACAUAUAACUGCUCUGCAAUUCAAUAAUUUCCAUUUGGAGUUCCAGAGCCAAGGUUUCAAUCUCACAAACAAAAGGAUUUUGAAAAAGCUUUCAUUCGCCAUUACAUCAAAGUCUGAGAAACCAGUAUCAAAACUUAUGUAUAAAACACUCUAAAGUCUCAACUGCAAAAUAGACGGGAAAAUCAGUCUCAGUGACUGAAUGUUUCACGUUUUUAAAUGUGUGAAACAUUUUUUACGUAAUAGCGAUUGAAAUAGUAUUAUUUUCUGUUUGAACAAUUUUUGACAAGGCUAUCUGCUUCCUCAUUGCUUGAUAUACUCUGGUGGCGUAGCAGCUACUUAUUUUAGAACGUGAUCACACUCACGCUAGCCAGGACCUACCCUCUCAUUACCUUUCAGGGCCGCUUGACUAUCGGAGAGAAUGUAAGUGGUCUGUUUAACGAGGUUUCCAUCCAAACAAUUCUGAGUAUUGGUAGCAGCUGUACCUGAAAAGUGGUGAACUUUCAUUUUGGACCAAAAAUAUAACUCCUUGCGCUCGAUCCCCACCAACUGUAUAAUACAGAGAUGCAUUUCAAUUUUGCAGAGAAUUUUUAUGAACCAAUGAUGGGCGGUCAUUUAUUACCACUUCGAAUAGGACAUCAAUAUCUUCUCAUGCUGUGCAUUUGGUUUAUUUGUGUAUAAACAGAGAAAAGCUUAUUUUAUCCAACAACCUCAAAUUCAGUUCGUUCAAAUGAUUUGUCAAAUCGACAUAGAAUGCUAAUUUCCACAGCCAUUCAUUAUUUUCUAAAUCGGCACAAGGGCGAUGCUUCUCAUUCAAAAAAAUUUCAAUCUCUGCUCAAAGUUCAAAAAAGCACAGUAGUAUGAUAUGGCAAGUCAUUUUCUAUAAAAUCUUCAAUAAACUUUCUGGAAUAUUUAGCCCUGUGGAUCUGAUGACUGAUAUGACUGGUUUUAGAACUUGAGACAAAUCCAAACAUUUUUACCACACAUAUUUUUGGCUCCAUCGGUGGUGAUAAUUUCAAGAAAAAAAUGUUUGUCCUUGGAACAUGCCGAAAAAAUUAUUCUGGCCCGGAGGCUUCAUAGUUUGGAGACCCCUGAUCUAGAUCAAGUAAAAUUAUAUGAACGAAUAGGGCAUGAGAAUAUGUAAAACAGUUCCUAUUUUUGAUAUUAAAAAUUGUGAUUUACAAAUGGAGGGAAUUUGAUGAGUGAUCUGUUGUUACUAUCAUUCUCUCUUCAAAAUAUCACAUCUUGAAUUUACAUUGCAACAAACUGAAAUUCAAAUCAAUGUUCGUAUAUCUUUUAUCAAAUAUCAUAAAUACUUGCCUAGUCAAAAGCCAUUUUGAUAAAUACAAAGAUUGACAAAAACAUAACUUAAUAUGUGAAAAUUAUUUUAUUAUACAGGAUUAAGCUAUAAAUUGAACUUUUUCUCCAAAUAUAAUUUUUUACCUAAUGACCUGACUGAGGUUUUAAAAAAUUUAUAUGCUGAGUCUCAAGUACAUCAUUUUUUGUAAUAUUUUUUUUGUAUUCAACGAAUUUUUUCAGUUGGGAAGAAUGGUUUUUCUGAUUUAGCUAGUCUGUAACUAUUUUCUAUUGAUUUCUAUACAAUAUUUGAAGGCAAUUUACACCUAAAAAACCAUUUAGUUUCAUAAUGAUUAUUCAUUUUUGAGUGAAAGAAAAUUGAAUAUUAUAUGCAAUUGCUUUCUGUAAAUUAUAUUUAGGGUGUUAUUAAUAUUUUAUAGGUUAUAAUGUAAAAUUUGUAAGUAGUGGAAUUAUUUCUUAUUGACAAUAAAUUUUUAAUUAUUAAAAACGUUAUCUUCAUAUAGACUGGAAUUUCUUGAUUAUACAAAACCAAAAACAAAUAUUACUUAUGACUAGCAAAAGUUGUGUAAUACUAAUAAUGUGAAUUUAGAAUUUUACUUUUAUCUAAUGAAACACAAGUUUUGGUAAAAAUUUCAGAAUUACCAGUGUUAUUGAUAAAUGCUUCAAGAUACGAUUCCACUAGUGAAAUUAAAACUUUCAAAUAAAAAAAAUGUUAACCACAACUUUAGAAGAUCUAAUUUAUAUUAUUAUUGCAGACGGUCGAAAAGAUUCGUAUCAAUGUGGCUUCAAUACCAAUACUCUUCUUACACAACUGAACCCACUGCAUUGGGGUUAUGUCUACAUGAACACUCACAAUUACAUUUUCUCGUCAUUUCCGGAUAUGAACCAGCGACCUAUGUUAUGAUUGAUGUAGAAAUUCUGAGACACAAACUAAUUACAAAAACUGGAGCUAAACAAACCUACUUGCUUAAACAUUGUGAUUUAGACAAAAGGAAACAAAUAUUAAAAUUUGUUCAACAAAAGAAUCAUCAUAAUCCUCGAUUGAAGAUAUGAAAUUAUAUUUAUUAUUGCAAAUAGAAAAGAGCGCGUAAGAAGAAGUCUGGGGUUCAGAGGAAAAGCUUGAGAGAAUAAAAAAAGUUUUACCCAAAUCUAAGAAGUAUGAGAAGCAGUUGAAGGAACUAAGAAAAAUUACAAGAAGCAGUUUGUACAAUAAAACUACAGCAGCCUCAUACACUCAUGAAUAUGAUAAAGAAACUUGUAAUGAAGAUGAUGAUACUUAUAGAAAAUGUCUCACUUGCCUAUAUGCCUCAAUUACACUUAAUGUAAUUGUGGGUGUUAGUUUAAGUAGUCAACAUUCCAUAAUUACUUAUUCAUAUUUUUAUAUUCGCUGGUAAAAAUUAUUUAUGAGUAUUGGAAUUGGAUGACUACUACUACAUACAUUUAGUCCAGAAUGAAUGGAAAUUUAGAAAUAACUUGAAGGCAUGAAACUUUAAAAUGGGAUAAUUAUAACAGUUCUCUGGGAGAUUUAGUAUAUUUAUAUCAACAUACACUAACUUUUGGUUGGAAACUCGACCCCAGUUACCAAUCAAUAAUGUACUUGAUUUUAAGAGGAAUUCAAGACUAUAUGUUAUGAUGUUGAUUUCGAACUAUAUAUUUAGUCCAAAUUAGCUUAUGUUGUCUGUGAUCACAACUUGUCUGACCAAUUUGUAUAUGUUACGGUUAAAACUCGUUUUUCCUACUUAAAACUAGUUAUUACUUAAUGCGUUUGUUAAAACUAGAAAUACCCAAUUAAAACUGGAAUUUACUACUGAUACAUUUGAUUUUCAGAUAAAACUAAUCACAUCGAGCUGUAAUUAAAACUAGCACUAGAAAAACUAAUUUGGGAUUGAAAACAAGAUAUAUUUUUAAAAAUAUUUAUUGAAAAGAUCUUAGACACUGAGAACCAAAUAAUAAUCUAACACUAAGGGAACAUUGACUUUAAUUAGUUGCCAAGAUAACAAUAUUAAUAAUAAGUAUAUAAAUAAAAUAAUCCAAUAAACACAACUGUAAAAUUUCAAAAAGAAAAAUUAAUGAACACACAAUAAAAUAUAAUCAGUCAAACUUAAAUUUAAAAAAGGGUGAGGAUCUACUUGUUAUUGCAAGAGAAACUAUCGUGGCAUUUUGAAUCACAAAGAUAACCACUUUUUUUUUCAGGGACACCUUUUUGACACACAUCUUUUCUUGCAUACACAGUGCAUAAAUCCUUUGCCUGUUCCUAUGGCUGCUUCAUUAGCAACAGUUCUCAAAGAUAAAUUUGUAUUCAGUACAUCUUCUUUACGCAAAAAUUUUUCUUUGCACUUGUCAAAUUCUGACCUGGAAAGCACCUGUAACUAGUUGGAACAAAGGGAUAUAAUUGAACUUGAUAAAACAAUGAAGCAACACACAUCCAUAUUUCGUUCCUAUCUAGUGAAAACCCUGAUCAUCCUUUUCAAGAACCACUCCGACUAUAUUUUAUCAACAUCAGGGAUUUAUAUAAUUACAUUAUCACCGAUUUUUAUUGGAACUUCUAUCGCAUCUAAUGUCAAUGUAAUUCUCUUGGCCUGUUUUUUUUUCAAGUUUUUAUGUGCAGUUUCUCGGGAUGCCAUUAUUUGCUGAUUCACAUUGGUUAAAAUUUUGAGGUCUUUGUCAUGUGGUGGUAUUAUAAGAGGUUCUACGCUGCCUUGGGCCAAAAUUAAACGAGCUCAAGACAGAAUUUACAAAUUCUCUACCGUUAUCGGAGAGUAAGAUGCAAGGAACACCAAAUGCCAAAAAUGUGUCACCUUGACGGCUCUCUUACUUUUCAAUGCACGUAACAAAACAAAUUUUGUCAAACUGUUCUGCUAUACCAUUAUAAACUUAACCUCCGAUCUUCUUGUGUCGAAUCUACAUACAAGUAGUACUUCAUGGGCUCAUGUUUAGUCACUAAAUUUCGUACUGAACACAUUGUUUACACCACCAUUACACUACACUGCGAAACUGCGUCAGACAGUGUAAUUGUGAGUGUUGGUGUAGUGGUGAUGUAAACAGUGUAUUCAGUACGAAUAUCACCAACGGAUCCAGAUAUUCCAACUCUAUUAAUUUUUGUAUUCCAUAAAUAUUAAUUACCUUAAAUCUGUAGCUAAUUUUGUUUCUUCAAUUCCGUCCACUAAAUUGUCAUAAUUUAAAAGUGGUCUUCUUUUUUUUUCGUGUUCACGAAUCGCUGAUAACUAUUGAGAGAGAAAGAGAAAAAAAUGUUUAGGGAGGGUAACGGAGGAGGAAGGUUGGCCCUGAAAUGGGAGCUGCUCCUGUACAGGGCUAGAUAUGAAUUCUAAACGUGCUUAUCGAAAGUAAACAAGGGGGGAAUGAGCGAAGUAAGCGCACAGAGCGCAGACUACGCUGUUCUCGCUCGCUUGUCGAAUCAGCGUCUUGCGACCAAUCGGAAUUAAGUACGAUAAUCAGGUGAUACAGUUUUAACUGACUCGCUUCGGAGUAACGCGUUUUGUCUAGUAAGAACUAGUUUUAACUAUAUAACUGCUUUAUAUAUAAAGCAGCUAGAAAAACUACAUUAUAGUCAAUAAUUAAGUAAUUAUAUGAUUUAUUUAAAAUAAAUAUAUACAAAUAUUAUUUUUUUAACGUGCGACUUGAUAAAAAUAAUAUCUUAAAUAUCGCACUUUUUUGUUGAUUAAAGUCAGUUACUAAUGCCUUACAAGGUACAAACUACAGACAUUAUAAUUCCAUAUUUUAGCUACUAAUAAUCUGUUAAAACUAUACCAUUGGAAUUUAUGUAAUUAUUUAUAUUAAUUUAUAAAUCUUAUGAAAUUGUAAUAUUACAGUGAUGUACAACCUGUUACUGUACAAAGUAAUAAACUCCUUUGUAGAAUAUUUUGUGAAAUGAAUUAUGUACUGAUACUGUCUGUCAGUAUAAAAUCAAACCGGUAACGAAUCUUUAAAUACCUAUUGUUAAUAAUUUAUCAAUAAAAUUUGUUAAUUUCCAUUUA